CAUCAAUAUCCGUCAUAUACACAAGGAAACCAAAGCGAACAACAGGAACAUACACCAUGCAGCAGCAGUCCAUGUAAAAACUCUGGAUCAUGUUUUCAUGCUGAUGGAACGUUCACCUGCGUGUGUCCGCCUGGAUACCUUGGCGAUAAAUGUACAGAAACACUUUGCAACAGCGCACCUUGUUUUCAUGGGGGUCAUUGCUUUAUAACGAACAAGAGUUUAAAUUGCAGAUGUCAAGAAGGCUAUUCAGGAAAAUUGUGCGAAGUAACUCCUUGCACCGGGCAACCUUGUCUCAAUAAAGGCAGUUGUGAUAUGAAAGGAAGCAUCUUUAACUGUACAUGUUCACAAGGAUAUUCAGGCCGUUUGUGUGAAGUGACACCAUGCAACAGUAAUCCAUGUGUAAACUCUGCGUCAUGUCUCAACUUAAAUGGCAGUUACAUAUGUGUUUGUCCAACAGGAUAUUCUGGAAAACAGUGUGAAGUUGAUCCAUGUGAUGGGUUUACAUGCAAUAAUGGAGGGACAAAAACUGUGUCAGGCGCUACCUGUCAAUGUUCAUGUAGAGAUGACUUCUUUGGUUCAUCAUGUGAAGUAACGCCUUGCAGAAGCCGUCCUUGUGGUCAUGGUGGUAGCUGUUCUAUAUCAGGAGACUCUUUUAGUUGCGAUUGCUUACAGGGAUAUUCGGGCAAAUUAUGUGAAGUGACACCAUGCAGCAGUAGUCCAUGUGAAAAUUCUGGAUAUUGCGUAAAUGCAAAUGGAAGCUAUGUUUGUGAUUGUCCAAUAGGCUAUUCUGGGAAACUUUGUGAAGUUGAUCCGUGUGGUGGUUUUUCAUGUUAUAAUGGAGGAACAAAAAUUAUAUUAGGACGAACGUGUGACUGUACAUGUAGAAGUGGCUUCUCUGGAUCAUCAUGUGAAGUAACACCCUGCAGCAGCCAGCCUUGUUUGCACAGUGGCAGCUGUUCUAUAUUUGGGAGCAGCUACAGUUGUGACUGUUUAACGGGAUACUCAGGGGAAUUAUGUGAAGUCACUCCUUGUAGCAGCCAUCCUUGUGAACAUAACGGAACAUGUUUUAGUGCAAAUGGAAGUUAUGUAUGCUCUUGCCCUGCAGGAUAUUCUGGCAAAACGUGUGAAGUAACACCUUGUAGCAGAAAGCCUUGUUUUAAUAAUGGCAAAUGUUUUAUAAUGGGAGACGCAUUUAAUUGCAGCUGUCUAGACGGGUUUUCCGGCAAAUUGUGCGAAGUAACAUCUUGUAGCAGUCAACCUUGUCUUCAUGGUGGUAGUUGUUCAAUAUCAGAAAACAGCUUCAGUUGUAAUUGUUUAGAUGGAUACUAUGGCAAACUGUGUGAAGGUAAACCAUGCAGCAGUAGUCCUUGUGUUAAUUCUGGAUCAUGUUUCAAUGUUGAUGGUGGCCAUAUUUGUGUUUGUCUAAUAGGAUAUGCUGGAAAACUGUGUGAAGUUGACCCAUGUGAUGGUUUUUCUUGUGAUAAUGGAGGAACAAAAUCUGUAUCGGGGACAACCUGCCAGUGCACAUGUAGAAGUGGAUUUUCUGGAUCAUCAUGUGAAGUAACGCCAUGUAGUAACCAGCCUUGUUUUCACGAUGGUAGUUGUUCUAUAUCAGGACACAGCUACAGUUGUAAUUGUUCAAAGGGAUAUUCGGGCAAACUAUGCGAGGUGACACCAUGCAGCAAUAGUCCUUGUGUCAAUUCUGUUUCAUGUCUUAAUGUUAAUGGCAGCUAUCUGUGUGUUUGUCCUAAAGGACACUCUGGAAAAUUAUGUGAAGUAACACCUUGCACCAGUCAGCCUUGUUUUCAUGAUGGUAGCUGUUCUAUAUCAGGAAAUAGCUAUAUUUGCAAUUGUUCAAAUGGAUUUUCGGGCAAGUCAUGUGAAGUAACACCUUGCACCAGCCAGCCUUGUUUUCAUGAUGGUAGAUGUGUUAUAUCAGGAAACAGCUAUAGCUGCAAUUGUACAAAGGGUUUUUCGGGCAACUCAUGUGAAGUGACACCAUGCAGCAGUAGUCCUUGUGUUCAUUCUGGAUCAUGCUUAAAUAAUAAUGGCAGCUAUGUUUGUGUUUGUCCGAUAGGAUAUUCUGGCAAAAGGUGUGAAGUUGAUCCGUGUGACGGUUUUCAUUGUGAAAAUGAAGGCACAAAAACAGUAUUAGGAUCAACCUGUCAGUGUAUAUGUAGAAGUGGCUUCUCUGGAGCAUCAUGUGAAGCAACGCCUUGCAGUAGCCUUCCUUGUUUUCAUGAGGGUAAAUGUUUGAUAUCAGGGAACAGCUUUAGUUGCAAUUGUUCAAAGGGGUAUUCUGGCAACUCAUGUGAAGUGACGCCAUGCAGCGGUAGACCGUGUUUAAAUUCUGGAUCAUGUUUAAAUAUUAAUGGCAGCUAUUUGUGUGCUUGUCCAAAAGGAUAUUCCGGUAGAUUAUGUGGAGCUGAUCCGUGUGACGGGUUUUCUUGUCAAAAUGGAGGAACAAAAGCUGUAUCAGGAACAACCUGUCUAUGUACAUGUAGAAGUGGCUUCUCUGGAUCAUUAUGUGAAGUAACCCCUUGCAGUAACCAGCCUUGUUUUCAUGACGGCAGUUGUUCUAUAUCAGGAAACAGCUUCAGUUGCAACUGUUCAAAUGGAUAUUCGGGCAAAUUAUGUGAAGUGACACCAUGCAGCAGUAGUCCGUGUGUGAAUUCCGGAUCAUGUUUCAAUUUUAAUGGCAGCUAUGGAUGCUUCUGUCCGAUAGGAUACUCUGGUAGAUAUUGUGAAGUUGAUCCGUGUGACGGUUUUUCUUGUGAAAAUGGGGGAACAAAAACUGUGUCAGCAACAACCUGUCAGUGUACAUGUAGAAGUUGCUUUUCAGGAUCAUCAUGUGAAGUGACUCCUUGUAGUAGUCGGCCUUGUUUGCAUGAGGGUAGUUGUUCUUUUUCUGGAAACAGCUUCAAUUGCAAAUGUUCAAACGGAUAUUCUGGAAAUGUAUGCGAAGUGACACCAUGCAGCAGUAGCCCAUGCGUAAAUUCGGGAUCAUGUUUAAAUGCUAAUGGAAGCUAUGUGUGUUUUUGUCCGAAAGGAUAUUCCGGCAAACGUUGUGAAGUUGAUCCAUGUGAUGGGUUUACAUGUUAUAAUGGAGGAACAAAAACUGUAUCAGGAGCUACCUGUCAGUGUUUAUGUAGAAAUGACUUCUAUGGUUCAUCAUGUGAAGUAACGCCUUGCCAAAGCCAUCCUUGUGGCCAUGGUGGCAGCUGUUCUAUAUCGGGAAACUCUUUUAAAUGUGAUUGCUUAAAGGGAUAUUCGGGCAAAUUAUGUGAAGUGACACCAUGCAGCAGUAGUCCAUGUGACAAUUCUGGAUAUUGUAUAAAUGCAAAUGGAAGCUAUGUUUGUGAUUGUCCAAUAGGCUAUUCUGGGAAACUCUGUGAAGUUGAUCCAUGCGAUGGUUUUUCAUGUGAUAAUGGAGGAACGAAAACUAUAUCCAGAAGAACGUGCCAGUGUACAUGUAGAAGUGGCUUCUCUGGAUCAUCAUGUGAAGUAACACCUUGCAGCAGCCAGCCUUGUUUGCACAGUGGCAGCUGCUCUAUAUUUGGAAGCAGCUACAGUUGUAACUGUUCAAUGGGAUAUUCAGGAAAAUUCUGUGAAGUCACACCUUGUAGCAGUCAUCCUUGUGAACAUAACGGACCAUGCUUUAAUGCAAAUGGAAGUUAUGUAUGUUCUUGUCCUGCAGGGUAUUCUGGGAAAACGUGUGAAGUAACACCUUGUAGCAGGAAACCUUGUUUUAAUGAUGGCCAUUGUUUUGUAACGGGGGACACAAUUAAUUGCAGUUGUCCAGACGGGUUUUCUGGUAAAUUGUGCGAAGUAACACCUUGUACCAGUCAACCUUGUCUUCAUGGUGGUAAUUGUUCAACAUCAGAAAACAGCUUCAAUUGUAAUUGUUUAGAUGGAUACUCUGGCAAACUGUGUGAAGUUACACCAUGCAGUAGUAGUCCUUGUGUUAAUUCUGGAUCAUGUUUAAAUGUUGGUGGAAGCUACAUUUGUGAGUGUCCAAUAGGAUAUUCUGGCAAACUGUGUGAAGUUGAUCCAUGUGAUGGUUUUUCUUGUUAUAAUGGAGGAACAAAAUCUGUAUUUGAACGAACGUGUCAGUGUUCAUGUAGAAGUGGCUUCUCUGGAUCAUCAUGUGAAGUAACCCCUUGCAGCAGUCAGCCUUGUUUUCAUGAUGGUAACUGUUCUAUAUCUGGAAAAAGCUACACUUGUGAAUGUCUAACAGGAUAUUCUGGCAAAUCAUGUGAAGUGACACCAUGCAGCAGUAGUCCUUGUGUAAAUUCUGGAUCAUGCUUAAAUGUUAAUGGCAGCUAUUUAUGUGUUUGUUCAAUUGGAUAUUCUGGCAAAUUAUGUGAAGUUGAUCCGUGUGACGGCUUUCCUUGUGAUAAUGGAGGAACAAAAACUGUAUUAGGAACAACCUGUCAGUGUACAUGUAGAAGUGGUUACUCUGGAUCAUCAUGUGAAGUUACACCUUGUAGUAACCAGCCUUGUUUUCACGAUGGAAGUUGUUCUAUCUCAGGACACCGCUUUAGUUGCAAUUGUUCACAGGGAUAUUCUGGUAAACUAUGUGAAGUGACACCAUGUAGCAUUAGUCCGUGUGUAAAUUCUGGAUCAUGCUUAAAUGUUAAUGGCAGCUACCUAUGUGUUUGUCCUAAAGGAUACUCUGGCAAAUUAUGUGAAGUUGAUCCAUGUGAAGGUUUCCCCUGUGAAAAUGGAGGAACAAAAACAGUGUCAAGAACAGCCUGUCAGUGUACAUGUAGAAGUGGCUUCUCUGGAUCAACAUGUGAAUUAACACCUUGCACUAGCCAACCUUGUUUAUAUGAUGGUAGUUGUGCUAUAUCAGGAAGUAACUAUAGCUGUAAUUGCUUAAAGGGAUUUUCGGGCCACUCAUGUGAAGUGACACCAUGCAGCAGUAGUCCUUGUGUAAAUUCUGGAUCAUGCUUAAAUGUAAAUGGCAGCUAUUUAUGUGUUUGUUCAAUUGGAUAUUCUGGCAAAUUAUGUGAAGUUGAUCCGUGUGACGGCUUUCCUUGUGAUAAUGGGGGAACAAAAACUGUAUUAGGAACAACCUGUCAGUGUACAUGUAGAAGUGGUUACUCUGGAUCAUCAUGUGAAGUAACACCUUGUAGUAACCAGCCUUGUUUUCACGAUGGUAGUUGUUCUAUCUCAGGACACAGCUUCAGUUGCAAUUGUUCAAAGGGAUAUUCGGGUAAACUAUGUGAAGUGACACCAUGUAGCAGUAGUCUGUGUGUAAAUUCUGGAUCAUGCUUAAAUGUUAAUGGCAGCUAUCUAUGUGCUUGUCCUAAAGGAUACUCUGGCAAAUUAUGUGAAGUUGAUCCGUGUGAAGGUUUCCCCUGUAAAAAUGGAGGAACAAAAACAGUGUCAAGAACAGCCUGUCAGUGUACAUGUAGAAGGGGCUCCUCUGGACCAUCAUGUGAAAUAACACCUUGCACCAGCCAACCUUGUUUAUAUGAUGGUAGUUGUGCUAUAUCAGGAAACAGCUAUAGAUGUAAUUGCUCAAAGGGAUUUUCCGGCAACUCAUGUGAAGUGACACCAUGCAGCAGCAGUCCUUGUGUAAAUUCUGGAUCAUGCUUAAAUGUUAAUGGCAGCUAUUUAUGUGUUUGUUCAAUUGGAUAUUCUGGCAAAUUAUGUGAAGUUGAUCCGUGUGACGGCUUUCCUUGUGAUAAUGGAGGAACAAAAACUGUAUUAGGAUCAACCUGCCAGUGUACAUGUAGAAGUGGUUUCUCUGGAUCAUCAUGUGAAGUUACACCUUGUAGUAAUCAGCCUUGUUUUCACGAUGGUAGUUGUUCUAUCUCAGGACACAGCUUCAGUUGCAGUUGUUCAGAGGGAUAUUCGGGUAAACUAUGUGAAGUGACACCAUGUAGCAGUAGUCCGUGUGUAAAUUCGGGAUCAUGCUUAAAUGUUAAUGGCAGUUAUCUCUGUGCUUGUCCUAAAGGAUACUCUGGCAAAUUAUGUGAAGUGACACCAUGUAGCAGUAGUCCGUGUGUAAAUUCUGGAUCAUGCUUAAAUGUUAAUGGCAGCAAUCUAUGUGCUUGUCCUAAAGGAUACUCUGGCAAAUUAUGUGAAGUAACCCCUUGCAGUAGCCAUCCUUGUUUUUAUGAGGGUAAAUGUUCUAUAUCAGGAAACAGCUUCAGUUGCAAUUGUUCAAAAGGAUAUUCUGGCAACUUAUGUGAAGUGACCCCAUGUAGCAGUAGUCCUUGUGUUAAUUCGGGAUCAUGUUUAAAUGUUAAUGGCAGCUAUGUAUGUGUUUGUUCGAUAGGAUAUUCUGGCAAACGUUGUGAAGUUGAUACGUGUAAUGGCUUUACUUGUGAUAAUGGAGGAACAAAAUCUGUAUCAGGCACUAUUUGUCUGUGUACAUGUAGAAAUGGCUUCUCUGGAUUAUCCUGUGAAGUAACACAAUGUUCGAGCAACCCCUGUCUACACAAUGGUAACUGUUCUGUGACAAGCAGUAAAUUCUCCUGUAGUUGCCCUGUAGGAUAUUCUGGAGAAACAUGUGAAGUAACACCUUGCACCAGCCAACCUUGUUUAUAUGAUGGUAGUUGUUCUAUAUCAGGAAACAGAUAUAGCUGCAAUUGUUCAAAGGGAUUUUCGGGCAAAUCAUGUGAAGUGACACCAUGCAGCAGUAGUCCUUGUUUAAAUUCUGGAUCAUGCUUAAAUGUUAAUGGCAGCUACGUAUGUGUUUGUCCUAAAGGAUACUCUGGCAAAUUAUGUGAAGUUGAUCCGUGUGACGGUUUUCCUUGUGAUAAUGGAGGAACAAAAACUAUAUCAGGAAAAACGUGUCAGUGUACAUGUAGAAGUGGCUUCUCUGGAUCAUCAUGUGAAGUAACGCCUUGCAGUAGCCUUCCUUGUUUUCAUGGGGGUAAAUGUUCUAUAUCAGGAAACAGCUUCAGUUGCAAUUGUUCAAAGGGGUAUUCUGGCAAAUCAUGUGAAGUUACACCAUGCAGCAGUAGUCCUUGUGUAAAUUCAGGAUCAUGUUAUAAUGAUCAUAGCAGCUACGUAUGUGUUUGUCCAAAAGGUUAUACUGGGAAAAUAUGUGAAGUCGAUCCAUGUGAUGGUUUUCCUUGUGAUAACGGAGGAACAAAAUCUGUAUCGGGAACAACCUGUCAGUGUACAUGUAGAAGUGGCUUCUCUGGAUCAUCAUGUGAAGUAACAGCUUGUAGUAACCAGCCAUGUUUUCACGAUGGUAGUUGUUCUAUAUCAGGACACAGCUUCAGUUGUAAUUGUUCAAAGGGAUAUUCGGGUAAACUAUGUGAAGUCACACCAUGUAGCAGUAGUCCGUGUGUAAACUCUGGAUCAUGCUUAAAUGUUAAUGGCAGCUAUCUAUGUGUUUGUCCUAAAGGAUACUCUGGCAAAUUAUGUGAAGUUGAUCCGUGUAACGGUUUUCUCUGUGGAAAUAGAGGAACAAAAACAGUGUUAGGAACAUCCUGUCAGUGUAUAUGUAGAAGUGGUUUCUCUGGAUCAUCAUGUGAAGUAACACCUUGCACCAGCCAGCCAUGUUUACAUGCUGGUAGUUGUUCUAUAUCAGGACACAGCUUCAGUUGCAAUUGUUCAGAGGGAUAUUCUGGUAAAUUAUGUGAAGUGACACCAUGUAGCAGUAGUCCGUGUGUAAAUUCUGGAUCAUGCUUAAAUGUUAAUGGCAGCUAUCUAUGUGCUUGUCCUAAAGGAUACUCUGGCAAAUUAUGUGAAGUUGAUCCGUGUGAAGGUUUCCCCUGUGAAAAUGGAGGAACAAAAACAGUGUCAAUAGCAGCCUGUCAGUGUACAUGUAGAAGGGGCUUCUCUGGAUCAUCAUGUGAAAUAACACCUUGCACCAGCCAACCUUGUUUAUAUGACGGUAGUUGUGUUAUAUCAGGAAACAGCUAUAGCUGUAAUUGUUCAAAGGGAUUUUCGGGCAACACAUGUGAAGUGACACCAUGCAGCAGUAGUCCUUGUGUAAAUUCUGGAUCAUGCUUAAAUGUUAAUGGCAGCUAUUUAUGUGUUUGUUCAGAUGGAUAUUCUGGCAAAUUAUGUGAAGUUGAUCCAUGUGACGGGUUUCCUUGUGAUAAUGGAGGAACAAAAACUAUAUCAGGAAAAACGUGUCAGUGUACAUGUAGAAGUGGCUUCUCUGGAUCAUCAUGUGAAGUAACGCCUUGCAGUAGCCUUCCUUGUUUUCAUGAGGGUGAAUGUUCUAUAUCAGGAAACAGCUUCAGUUGCAAUUGUUCAAAGGGGUAUUCUGGCAAAGCUUGUGAAGUGACACCAUGCAGCGGUAGGCCGUGUGUUAAUUCUGGAUCAUGUUUAAAUACUAAUGGCAGCUAUGUGUGUGUUUGUCCAAAAGGAUAUUCCGGUAGAUUAUGUGAAGCUGAUCCGUGUGACGGUUUUUCUUGCCAAAAUGGAGGAACAAAAACUGUAUCAGGAACAACCUGUCUAUGUACAUGUAGAAGUGGCUUCUCUGGAUCAUUGUGUGAUGUAACCCCAUGUAGUUACCAGCCUUGUUUUCAUGAUGGUAGUUGUUCUAUAUCAGGAAACAGCUUCAGUUGCAAUUGUUCAAAUGGAUAUUCGGGCAAAUUAUGUGAAGUGACACCAUGCAGCAGUAGUCCUUGUGUGAAUUCCGGAUCAUGUGUCAAUGUAAAUGGCAGCUAUGGAUGUUUUUGUCCGAUGGGAUAUUCUGGCAGAUAUUGUGAGGUUGAUCCGUGUGACGGUUUUCCUUGUGAAAAUGGAGGAACAAAAACUAUAUCAGCAACAACCUGUCAGUGUACAUGUAGAAGUGGUAUUUCAGGAUCAUCAUGUGAAGUGACUCCUUGUAGCAGUCGGCCUUGUUUGCAUGAGGGUAGUUGUUCUUUAUCUGGAAACAGCUUCAAUUGCAAAUGUUCUAAUGGAUUUUCUGGCAAAUUAUGCGAAGUGACACCAUGCAGCAGUAGUCCAUGUAUAAAUUCGGGAUCAUGUUUAAAUGCUAACGGAAGCUAUGCAUGUUUUUGUCCCAAAGGAUAUUCCGGUAAACGUUGUGAAGUUGAUCCAUGUGAUGGUUUUACUUGUGAUAAUGGAGGAACGAAAUCUGUAUCAGGAAGAACCUGUCAGUGUACAUGUAGACGUGGCUUCUCUGGAUCAUCGUGUGAAGAAACGCCUUGCAGUAGCCAGCCUUGUUUUCACGAGGGCAGUUGUUCUGUGUCAGGAGACCAAUUUAGUUGUAGUUGUUCAGAGGGAUAUUCUGGCACAUUGUGUGAAGUGACAUCAUGCAGCAGUAGUCCUUGCGAUUCUGGAUUAUGUUUAAAUGCAAAUGGAAGCUUUGUAUGUGCUUGUCCAACAGGAUAUUCUGGGAGACGGUGUGAAGUUGAUCCUUGUGGUGGCUUUACAUGUGAUAAUGGAGGAACAAAAACUGUAUUCGGAACAACCUGUCAGUGUUCAUGUAGCAAUGGCUUCACUGGAUCAUUGUGUGGAGAAACACCAUGUUCAAACAACCCAUGUCUUCACAAUGGUAAAUGUUCUGUGACAAGCAGUAACUUCUCCUGCAGUUGCCCUGAGGGAUAUUCUGGAGACUCAUGUGAAGUAACGCCGUGCAUAAGUAAUCCUUGUCAAAACUCAGGAACAUGUUUGAGUGUGGAUGGAACUUUUGCAUGUGCAUGUCAGACAGGAUAUUCAGGCACACGUUGUGAAGUUACACCUUGCAGUGGAAACAUCUGUUUGAACCAGGGAACUUGCUCCAUUGUAAAUCGUUACUUUAGAUGUACGUGCAAGUCUGGGUUUUCAGGGAGAUUUUGUGAAGUGACUCCCUGCGCGUCAAACCCUUGUAGAUGUGGAACAUGCUCUGUAUCAGGUAGCGGUUAUGCAUGCAGAUGUCCAUCCGGACUCCAGGGCAACCGAUGUGAAGAUUUGUUUGAUAAAACGAUAACAUCUCCAAGAUUUCCGUCAGCCUAUACCAGUAAUCUAAAUUUAGCUUGGACUAUCGAUGCUGGCAGUAGAAACAAAGUCAAAAUAAAAUUUACCAGAUUCGACCUUGAGGCCUGUUGUGAUUUUGUAAAGAUAUACAAUGGAGCGUCAGCAAGCAAUCUUCUGGGAUCUUUCAAUGGAAAAAAUAUACCAUCAGACCUAGAAACGACUGUCAGAUACAUGUACAUUACUUUUACAACAGACCAUUCAGUUCAAAAUUCUGGAUUUAGUGCAGACAUUUACAAAAUUAUAACAUAAUAGUAUGUAACAUGUUUAACCUUUCUAAAAUGGUAUGAAGGACUUCGCUUUGUAAUAAGUUACGUCAGAAUGUAGAAAUAAUUAAAAUGUCAAUUGUUCAAGAAA